UUCUAAUAAUGUCACAAAAUGAAUUUUAUAUUUUUUUAUAAUCCCGCUUUCUAUUUUCUACAGUGAUUGCAGGUGAGCUGGAGCUUAUCCCAGCUGAUUUUUAAGGCAAGAAGCUGCGUACACCCUAGACUGGUAUUCAGCCAAUCACAGGACACAUCCUUUUUUUUUUAAUCAUUCAAAUUUAGCAUGGUUGUUACCAACGCUCGCCGUCUGUGUGUUGGGUCAAAUUUACAAGACAUUUUUAUGAUUGCUUUACAGGGACUUUAAGCAUGAUUCAAUAUAUAACCAUUAUGGCUACAAAGGGGGUGGGCAAUUCUGGUGAAUUUCCAGGAGGUUUCUGGUAAUUAUCCAUUGGAAAUAAAAAUGGGGCCUUUUGGAAAUAUUAAAAUUUUGGGUAUUUUCAUGGGAAUCAUGUGAAUAAAUGAGAAUUAGCUUGGAAUUUAGGGUAAUUUACUAGAAAUAUAAUACUCAAGCAUAAAUAUAAACAUUUUGUCAUAAGCAGACAUCCAUGCAAAAAUAGUGGGAGGAAGAAGUAUGUGAACCCUUUGGAAAUGAUUAAUUUUCGACAUAAUUUGGUCAUAAAGUUGCACGGUGGACGACUGGUUAGCACAUCUGCCUCACAUCUGCGGACCCGGGUUCCAAUCACGCCUCUCCUGUGUGGAGUUUGCAUGUUCUCCCCGUGCCUGCGUGGGUUUUCUCCGGGCACUCCGGUUUCCUCCCACAUCCCAAAAACAUGCAGGGUAUGUUAAAUGAAGACUCUAAAUUGGCCGGAAGUGUGAACGUGAGUGCGAAUGUUUGUUUGUAUGUACCCUACGAUUGUCUGGUGACCAGUUCCGGGUGUAAUCCUCCUCUCGCCCGAAGAUAGCUGGGAUAGGCUACAGCACUCCGGCCACAACCUUCAGUUUUUAAAUUGUUGGUUUGUUCCUGUUAUUCCCAAUGGAAAUUUUCCAUCUUUGCAAAUUCCGGGAAUUUUGCAACCUGACUAACAUGACGGUGAAGAGGAGGCCUUCAUCUCCCCAAGACUUCACUGUGCGGGUGUCCGAGGAUUUGAGGGGAGCAGCGCGGUCCCGCGACUUAACGGUCAUGUGUCGCCCGGCAUCCAAUCACCUCCUGGCGAGAGCGGUUCGACGCGCGCUCCCGUCACCGGAGGAGGAGAAGCGAGGACAGUCGGCGGCAGGAGACGAAAUCAAAUAAAUUACAAAAAUACCGUUUAACCGCCGUUUUUUAAAUUUUAUUUUAUUUUAUUUUAUUUAUUUAUUUUUUAAAUCCACUCUGCCUGUAAAAUCGCAUCACGAAAUCCGGCAACCAUGUCAGAGGAAAAGCCAAAGGAGGGCGUCAAGACCGAGAACGACCACAUCAACCUCAAGGUCGCGGGGCAGGAUGGCUCGGUGGUCCAGUUCAAAAUUAAACGGCACACACCCCUCAAUAAACUCAUGAAGGCGUACUGCGAACGACAGGGACUCUCAAUAAGGCAGAUCAGGUUCAGGUUUGACGGGCAGCCCAUCAACGAGACCGAUACGCCUUCGCAGCACGUGUGUGUUUUCCUCUAGCUGGAGAUGGAAGACGAAGACACCAUAGACGUUUUCCAGCAGCAGACGGGCGGCCGCUGCUAAGCCCCCUCCCACCCUGUUUGUUUGACAGCCACUCUCAGACCCAACACAAAAAACUUGAACCCUCUUACAUCAUCGCCCGACCCCUUCGCUCCUCUCAGCUGUUAUUAAUUAUUAUUGACUUAAGCUACGUCCGUCGUGAUGUGAUAUUUAUUAUUAUUUUUUUAUUAUUUUUGUUUUUUUUUGGGGGGGGGGGGUGGGGGUAUUUAGGGUUCUCUGACACAUUCUGGGUGUCGGAUUUGGACCAAUGAUGCAACAACGUUGUCGCCAGUGAGCGUUUUUGGAAUCGGCUAGUUUUUAGGGUGGAACUUAUGAGCCUGUCGCCAUCACCGUGUUUUGCUUUUUAGCUGCUUUUUGGGGGGUUUGUUGUCUUUAAGAACUGAAUCUGUACAGCUGUAUUAGAAUGGAUGUAAGUGCCACCACUCUAAAAUGACCAAAUGAGGCAUUCAAAGGAAGUCUGUAGUUUGUUUUGCUUCCUCGGUGCUUCCAUAAUUUCAGCAUGUCCUGGGGGGGCUGCUGCCAUACCGCCAAGUAUUUAUUCGCACAUUAAGAGGAGGAUAUGGAUGAAUAGUCAGAAUAUUAUUGUGAAUGUCUUUUUUUUUCCCCCGUGUAUGUAAAAUGGCUGACAAUGAAGAAAAUAAAGUGCAAAUGUGACAAUAGGUGUAGUGGGGGGGGGGGGGGGGGGGUCUCACCAGGUCUUCAAAUCCGAAGCUUCAGGUUCAGUUAUGCUUGCUGUAAAGUGGGAAUAGAAUUACAAGCGGCUGUAAAGAGUGCAGAUGUAGAUCAUUUUUAAGAUGUCACUCCCUUUUAAUGUAAAUGUACCCCUUUAUUAUUAGAAAUAGAUUGCCUAGACCCCCCUGAGUAUAUAUUUUUUUGUGUGCAUCUAAAAUAGAAACUAUAUCGCUCCUACUCGGUCAUCAACUUUUUUCCCCCCCCCCUUAUUAAAAUGAGAGCACACUUUUUCCAGCCCGAUAACAAAUUUGCUAAAAAUAAUAAUAAAAAAAAACUCAAUAAGGGGCGCAGGUCUUUUGUCAUUUAAUUUGUUUCUCUACUGAUUUGUACAUUAUUUGUUGUCUUUUACUACUGUAUACAAUAAAUAUAGUUUGGUACUCAGA